GAACUGGAAGAGCAUGUGUAUCUGGACGGGCCAGUGACAGCCGUUGAGCUGUUCACCGAUAAGCCCAACGACAGCGAAGACAGCCCCGUGCAUCUGCUGGUGACCUGCGCAGUGGAGGCGGCGUUUGUGUAUCGUGAUGUGGUGGUGUAUGGGCUGGAGAAAGGCACACACCUGCCGGGGUCAUCGGACGCAGACACCGUCAACUGCCUGCUGGUCAGAGAUGUGACAUUUCGACAGACCAACUCUAUCCUCCUGGGGACCUUCGGCAAUAAGCUGCUGCGAUAUAGUCUGCACCAGGACUCGGAGGCGCAAGACUAUGUACUAUCAGAAACCUACGAUCUGGGACAACCUGUCUUUUUGCUGCUGAGCUCAGAUGUGACUAAAGACGGAGUGGACGAACUUAUAAUAUUACUGCGGGACGGUAUUCUAGUGUCCAAGGUCGGUUUGGAGCAAGCGCAGGAGCGCUGUCGUACUGUGCUCGGCAAUCUGGCGAGUGCAAUCAUGAGGCUGCGCGAUAGGAAGGGAGUUGCUGGUGCAAUUGCCUGAGCUUUAGAAGGAACGCCACAUGAACUGAUUCGGCCUGUUGUAUAAUCUUUAAAUAGAACUACUCGGCCUAUUUUGGAACUAGACUUCGUUCGAGUGCUCGUCUGAACUGGCAAGCGAGUUUGCGCUUAUGAACAUGGUGACUGAUCUCUUAUUCUCUGCGAAUAAAUCUACGCCUCACAUUCAAAUACCUAUAUGAAAAAUUACUUAUAUAUUCCUGGAGAUAGAUACAAAAUCAACAUCUCACUCUAACCUCUUUCGAGGACAGCCAUUGCAAGAUAAUUCUCAAAUGAUUUUUUUCUCCCAGACAUAGCCUC